AUGGGGGAGCUACGGUGGUGCCUAUUUGGCAUCGUCUUAUUGUUCUUUUGCAAAGGGAGCGGUGCCCAAAUUAGGUACUCAAUUUCAGAAGAGCAGAAAGACGGAGCAGUUGUGGGAAACGUUGCAAAGGAUUUGGGGAUCGAUCCACGAGUUUUGAGGGAGCGAGGAUUCCGUAUCGUGAGCUCAGGAGGAGAAUCACUUUUCCGGGUGAAUCAAAACGAUGGCGUGCUGCACGUGAAUGGUAAAAUCGACAGAGAGGAGGUCUGCGAUAAAAGCAGCGCGUGUGUGAUAAACCUCAAACUGGUACUGGAGAAUCCUCUGGAAAUACACUACAUUGCGGUGGAGAUAUUGGAUAUCAAUGAUCACACUCCUAAUUUCACUGAAAAAGUAAAGAAGCUCGAAAUAUCUGAGUCAGCUUUGCCUGGAGUGCGGUUUCAACUACAACCUGCUCAGGACUCAGAUGCAGGCACGAAUUCUGUGCAGCAGUACCGGCUGAGCCAGAAUGAGCAUUUCAGAAUUGAGGUAAAAGAUCGUGCUGCUCAUGGCAAAAUUCCAUUCAUAGUUUUACAAAAGCAAUUAGACAGGGAGUCCAUCCCAAAUCAUAAGUUAAUAAUAACCGCCAAUGAUGGUGGAAAGCCAUCCAAGACAGGGACAAUGCAGGUAAAUGUUGAUGUUUUAGACGUUAAUGACAACACCCCAGUUUUCACUAAAGAAGAGUACUCUGCCUUCCUCAAUGAAAAUUCACCAGUUGGCACCACAGUUAUGCGCGUAAACGCAACAGAUGCAGAUUAUGGUUCAAAUGGAGAGGUGUUUUACGCAUUUAGUAAUGACGUUAAUAGCAAAUUUCUGGAACUCUUUGACAUCGAUAGUACUACUGGUGAUUUGACCGUAAAAGGACAGAUCAAUUUCGAAGAAAAUGAUGUAUAUGAAAUUGACAUACAGGCAUCAGAUAAGGGUCUCGCUCCUUUGACAACAGAUAAGAACAUACUAAUAAAAAUUGUGGACAUAAAUGAUAAUGCGCCAGAGAUCGAAGUAACAUCAUUUUCUAGUGCUGUCCCCGAGGAUGCCAGAAUAGGAACUACUGUUGCUUUGAUUAGUGUAAAUGAUGCUGAUUCUGGCACUAAUGGAAAGGUAGUAUGUUCAUUGGCAGAAGAUUUGCCCUUCAAAUUAACCCCAUCUUUACAGGAUAAUGUGUAUUCCCUAGUCACAAAAUCCCCCUUAGACAGAGAGAGUACAUCUCACUAUGAUAUUACAUUACUUGCAAAAGACGAGGGGGAACCUGCAUUGAUAUCAGAGAAAACAAUUACGGUUUUAGUGUCCGAUGUGAAUGACAACAGUCCUGAGUUUCCAGUACCCUCUUACACCUUUUACGUGAAGGAAAACAAUGUUCCAGGGGAGCCUGUAUUUUCUGUGUCUGCCUUUGACAAGGACACAGGUGACAAUGCACUGGUCACUUAUCAGAUUUGCAGAGACUGUGGGGACAACCCAUUCGUGUCAUACCUAAAUAUCAAUUCGGAAAAUGGUAAAGUUUACGCACUUAAAAGUUUCGACUUUGAGACUAUGAAAACGUUUCACUUUCACGUGCUAGCCACAGAUGGUGGAACUCCCCCUCUAACCAGCAACGUCACGGUAAACGUCUUUAUUCUGGAUGAAAAUGACAACGCCCCCAAAAUACUGUUUCCUAUGAACUCUAAUGGUUCCGCUGAAGGAGUAGAGGAACUUCCUAGGAAUGUAAACCCAGCGCACCUGGUGACCAAAGUGAGGGCCUAUGACGCAGACGUGGGCUACAACGGGUGGCUACUCUUUUCAUUGCAAGAAGUGACUGACCACACUCUAUUCAGUUUGGACCGUUACACGGGACAAUUACGCACCAUGAGGUCAUUCACAGAAACGGACGAAGCCGAACAUAAACUAGUCAUAAUAGUCAAAGACAACGGAAACAUAUCGCUCUCGGCAACAGCAACAGUUGGGAUAAAACUUGUAGAGCCCAAGGAAGCUUUUGCGGCAUCUGACAGCAAGAGCGUUGCGCAGGGUGAAGAUGAAAAUAGUAUCACGUUUUACCUGAUUAUCACCCUGGGAGCGGUAUCUGUGCUCUUCCUUGUCAGUAUAAUAGUGCUGGUCGUCAUGCAGUGCUCCAAACAGAAAGAUUAUUCAUCAAAGUAUUUGCAGGACGCAGCCUAUGACGGGACAUUGUGCCACAGCAUUCAGUACAGAUCUGGGGAUAAACGGUACAUGCUAGUUGGACCUAGAAUGAGCAUCGGUUCUACGAUAGCACCUGGCAGCAACGCCAACACACUUGUGGUUCCGGACAGGAGAAGUCGGACAUCUAUAGAGUUUGACUGUGCCGACGCGGGUGUUUGCCGCUUGCGUUUAACGGAUAUGGAACAAAGAGGACGUGGAGUGAUGGGGGAGCUACGGUGGUGCCUAUUUGGCAUCGUCUUAUUGUUCUUUUGCAAAGGGAGCGGUGCCCAAAUUAGGUACUCAAUUUCAGAAGAGCAGAAAGACGGAGCAGUUGUGGGAAACGUAGCAAAGGAUUUGGGAAUUGAUCCAAGAGUUUUAAGGGAGCGAGGAUAUCGUAUCGUGAGCUCUGGAGGAGAAUCACUUUUCCGGGUGAAUCAAAACGAUGGCGUGCUGCACGUGAAUGGUAAAAUCGACAGAGAGGAGGUCUGCGAUAAAAGCAGCGCGUGUGUGAUAAACCUCAAAAUGGUACUGGAGAAUCCUCUGGAAAUACACUACAUUGCGGUAGAGAUAUUGGAUAUCAACGAUCAUACUCCUAGUUUCACUGAAAAGAUGAGAAAGUUAGAAAUUUCAGAGUCUGCUUUACCUGGCGCUCGGUUUCAGCUACAGCCAGCUCAAGACGCAGAUGCAGGCACGAAUUCUGUGCAGCAGUACAGGCUUAGCCAGAACGAGCACUUCCGAAUUGAGAUAAAAGAUCGUGCUGCUCAAGGUAAAAUUCCUUUUAUAGUUUUGCAAAAACAAUUAGACAGGGAGUCCACCCCAAAUCACAAGUUGAUACUUACAGCAAGUGACGGGGGGAAACCGUCCAAGACAGGAACAAUGGAGAUAAAUGUCGAUGUGUUGGACAUUAAUGAUAACUCGCCAGUGUUCACUAAAGAUGCCUAUUCUGCUUCUCUUAAUGAAAACUCGCCAGUUGGCACCACAGUGAUGCGCGUAAAUGCGACUGAUUUGGAUAGCGGUGCCAAUGCGGAGGUGUUUUACGCAUUCAGUAACGACGUUAGUAGUAAAAUUCGAGACACUUUUCACAUUGAUGCCAUUACUGGAGAUAUAAUUGUUAAAGGACAGAUCAAUUUCGAAGAAAAUGAUGUAUAUGAAAUUGACAUACAGGCAUCAGAUAAGGGUCUCGCUCCUUUGACAACAGUCAAAAGUGUACUAAUCAAAAUAGUUGACAUAAAUGAUAAUACGCCAGAGAUAGAGGUGACAUCCUUUUCCAGCGCUGUUCCAGAGGAUGCCAGAAUAGGAACUACUGUUGCUUUGAUUAGUGUAACUGAUGCAGAUUCUGGAAUCAAUGGAAAGGUAGUCUGUUCAUUGCCAGAUACCAUGCCAUUCAAAUUAACCCCAUCUUUACAGGAUAAUGUGUAUUCCUUAGUUACAAAAUCCCCCUUAGACAGAGAGAGUACAUCUCACUAUGAUAUUACAUUACUUACAAAAGACGAGGGAAACCCUGCAUUGACAUCAGAGAAAACGAUUACAGUCUUAGUGUCAGAUGUGAAUGACAACAGUCCUGAGUUUCCAGUAUCUUCUUACACGUUUUACGUGAAGGAAAACAAUGUGCCAGGGGAGCCUAUAUUUUCUGUAGCUGCAUCCGACAAGGACACAGGUGACAAUGCACUGGUCACUUAUCAGAUUUGCAGAGACUGUGGGGACAACCCAUUCGUGUCAUAUCUAAAUAUAAAUUCGGAAAAUGGUAAAGUUUACGCACUUAAAAGUUUCGACUUUGAGAGUAUGAAAACAUUUCACUUUCACGUGCUGGCCACAGAUGGUGGAACUCCCUCUCUAACCAGCAACGUCACGGUAAACAUCUUUAUUCUGGAUGAAAAUGACAACGCUCCAAAGAUACUGUUUCCAAUGAACUCUAAUGGUUCCGCUGAAGGUGUAGAGGAACUUCCUAGGAAUGUAAACCCUGCGCACCUGGUAACCAAAGUGAGGGCCUAUGACGCAGACGUGGGCUACAACGGGUGGUUACUCUUUUCACUGCAAGAAGUGACUGACCACACCCUUUUUAGUUUGGACCGUUACACAGGACAAUUACGCACCAUGAGAUCAUUUACAGAAACGGACGAGGCCGAACAUAAACUAAUCAUAAUAGUCAAAGACAACGGAAACAUAUCGCUCUCGGCAACAGCAACAGUUGGGAUAAAACUUGUAGAGCCCAAGGAAGCUUUUGCGGCAUCUGACAGCAAGAGCGUUGCGCAGGGUGAGGAUGAAACUAGUAUCACGUUUUACCUGAUCAUCACCCUGGGAGCGGUAUCUGUGCUCUUCCUCGUCAGCAUAAUAGUGCUGGUCGUCAUGCAGUGCUCCAAACAGAAAGAUUAUUCAUCAAAGUAUUUACAAGACGCAGCCUAUGACGGGACAUUGUGCCACAGUAUUCAGUACAGAUCUGGGGACAAGCGGUACAUGCUAGUUGGACCUAGAAUGAGCAUCGGUUCUACGAUAGCACCUGGCAGCAACGCCAACACACUUGUGGUUCCGGACAGGAGAAGUCGGACUUCUAUAGAGGUAAGCACAAUGUCUUUUCUAUCUACCAGGGCCCCUAAAUAUAGCAUAUGGGGGACUUUGGUUCCAACUCACAACCAACUGGGAGGGAUGAAGCUGUGUAUUUGCAAACUGCACCACAGUACUUGA